AACCAUUGUAUACACAUACCCACUUUACGAUGAAGCUUUCUAUAGCUAUAGCCGCAGCUAUAGCUAGCGUCGUGUCCGCCGCCGAUUACUGGUAUUUACUCCAUGUCGAGCCUUGUCAAAAUGUCAUAGUAGCCACCAAGGAAUUUAAACUCGCUCCCAACGAGAUGCGUAAUGUCGGAACUGUUUUAAAUAGAGCUGCCUGUAAAGUUCGCCUUGUCAGCGUAUCACCCGGCGUCAACCCAAACACUGUUUAUUGCAUGACCUACAGGGAUGGAAACAAUGCCGGUACACCUCUCUUCAAAGGUGGACAAAGUAUGGAGAAUGGGAAAACUGUUGUCUCGCCACCAUUUCGGGGCCUCUUCUGUGGUGGGGGGGAUCCCUGAAUCUAGUAGUUCGUGCCACUAUCAGAUUCUGGGGGAAAAGAGUUAUAGUAGUAGUACAAAUAACAAUCAG